AUGAGCAAGCAAAGUCAAGGCAAAGUCACCAAUAUCAAUCACGACUUCCUUCGUCACAACCAUCAUCAUUCUCCUAGCCAGGACACGUCCUCUGUUCUACAUCCGCGUGAGGACCCAUCGUCUGGCCCUUCGCCCCGUUUUUGGGAGGAUAAGGCGUUGUCAAGCCACCUCCUCGAUAUCAUGGGUUACGCAAUGGCCGCGAUUUCCAGCAGCAACCUACAGGACGCUAUCGGGUGCACGUAUUUCAGAUGUGUGGAUGAUUUUGAUGGACCGAUGAACAACGAUCCGUCUUCCACUCAAUCACACAUUAUCAAGGACUGUGUCUAUCGCAAGCCGCUCGCGGGCGUCCAUUUCUCCUCAAUGGUUCUUUACCGUAACUCAAACGCAGAUCAUCACCCGGCAAGCCUCACAACCUUGUGCACUGAUGUGGCAGAUGACCGUGGUCAAGGAGUGAUCGUCGGAUACUUGGAGGAUGUAGCUGUGGCUGACGUGCCCUCCGGUCAGCAGAAGUCAAGUUGGCUCGAUAAUACCGUUCGGCGGGGCUAUGAUCUCGAAUACCGCGGGUUGUUCGGGGACUGGGCAUCUCCGUCUUCCAUUCCGCUCGUUAGCACGCCACGUAUAUGGGGCCAGGCUGUGUUAGUCCAAUUGAUUUGGUUUGUCCGAUCUAGAGCUACAAUUCCUCAAACCUGCAGUGCGCUUCUGAUGAACAGACGGCCUGCGAGGUUACGUGUAACGCCUCGGAUUGACGAUGCUUGGGUCGGCGGUGGAACGUGCUGUGGAAGGCCGUGGUCGGCUACCGAGAUCAGUAGUCUCGAGUUCCUGUGGGUAGGGAUAAUGGGACAACGGAAAGGGAUUUAG